GUUGUACGCAUUACUUGUGUUAUUAGCAUUAUCUGUGCAUUUUCCUCUCGAUUGUCAUGGUGUCUAAAGGUUGAUUUUGUUUUUAUUAGAUUUUCAUUCAUAUAAACGAUACUAUUAUCCUCUCGAAACAUAAACAUGAACAGAUUAAUUUUGAAUCCGUGCCGGUGCCUAAAAAGAUCAACUUUGAAAUGGGAAAUCAAAGAGUAUCAAUAUUUUUCACACGUGAGACAUGCAAGGACCCUGUCAUAUGCUAUCCAGCCAGGUGAGCCUCAUUUUGGCUUUACACAGCGGCCAUUAAAUGCUAAAGUUUUGUACACUCCACCUUACUUCAGAGGAAUAGCCACAAGCUCCUAUUACUAUGACAAAGAACCGCUUAAACCUUCUUCAAAAGUCGAAGCAGCAGUUGAAAACAUAAAGAAAGGUAUUGCUGAAAAAGAGAAGCUUCCAGUGAAGGAAGUACCGAAGAAAAGUUUAGGGGAACGUAUCAUGGCCGAGAUCAGGCAUUAUGCAUACGGUUUCAAACUUCUCUUCAUUGAAAUCAGGAUCUCAACAGGUUUAUGUUUUAAGCUUCUUAGAGGGCAGUCAUUAACUAGACGAGAACACAAGCUGCUCAUCACCACUAUUGGAGACUUGUUCAGAAUGGUACCCUUCAUAGUGUUUGUUAUUGUGCCGUUUCUAGAAUUCUUGCUGCCAGUAUUCAUAAAAGUGUUCCCUGACAUGUUGCCAUCCACAUUUGAAAGCAAGGAUCAGAAAGAAGCGAAGUUAAAACAGCACUUGAAAGUUAAGUUGGAAAUGGCAAAGUUUUUCCAAGAGACUCUUGAUCAGAUGGCCCCUCAAGCAAGUAAUAGGCACUCAACACUCGCCAAAGAAUUUCAGAGCUUCUUUACGAAAAUCAGGACCUCUGAUGAUGUGGCCACUAGUGAGGAAAUAAUGAAAUUCUCUAAGCUAUUUGAAGAUGAAAUUACAUUAGAUUCGCUGCAGAGGCCACAUCUGAUAGCACUCUGCAAAGUGUUAGGAGUGACUUCAAUUGGUCUGAGUGCUAUGUUACGGUUUAAUCUACGGAUGAAGUUGCGGUCUUUGGCUGCUGAUGACAAGAUGAUAGCUAAAGAAGGUGUGGACAGCUUAAACUUUAGUGAGUUGCAACAGGCGUGCCGAGCGCGCGGUAUGAGAGCUUAUGGUGUCUCAGAAGAACGCCUUAGAAAGGAAUUAAGAAAUUGGUUAGAUUUGUCUUUGAAUGAGAAAGUUCCUCAAUCACUCUUGCUGUUGUCCAGAGCCCUGAUGGUGCCAGAACAUGUGCCGACGACGUAUAAGUUGAAGGCGACCAUUUCUGCGUUGCCCGACACAGUUGUCACACAAACUAAGGCUGCUAUUGGAGAGAAGGAAGGCAAAGUUGACUUUAAGGCUAAAGUGGAUGUCAUCAGGCUUGAAGAACAGAAAAUCAAAGAAGAACAGGCAGAAAUGCUUGAAGCGGAGAAAGAGAAACAACUACUGGAAGCCAAGAAGAGAGAGAAGGAAGAACUCAAAGACAAAGCUCCCGUGCUUGAUAUUGAACAGGAAGUUGCUGCCAAGGAUACGGCGACAGUGUUGAAUGUGGACAGUCCUAAACCGUCAGAAGAGGGUCUGUCUGGCAAGGAUAUUGAGGUCAUCGAGGAUGCUUUAGAAAAAUUAGCUGAACAAAAGAAAUCCCUGCUCCUCGAAAAGGAGAGCAUCCAAGAACUCAAGUCAGAGCUCUCCGAGUACAGCGAAGAUGUGAAGGAGAUGCAGGAGAUUGUCAAGACCAAGCAGGCAGACAUCAAGGUCUCCAAGGGUGCUAGAAGACUAUACAAAGCAGUUAACAACAUGAUCAGCAAACUGGACUCCGUUCUAGUCGAACUAGAGAGCAAAGAGAAAGUGCUCCAGAAAACUCUAGAACAGACCAAGGCCGAGCCGCAGAAGGCCAAGGAACAGCUGAUCCAUAUUGAUGAACUGAUGCAUUCCAUUAAGAGCCUACAGAAGGUGCCGGAUGAGGCCAAACUGAAGCUCAUCCAGGAUGUACUUGGCAGGUUGGAUGAUGACUUCGACGGGCAGUUGAAGGUUGAUGAUGUUCUGAAGAUGGUUGAAAUCAUUGGCAACGAGAACGUGAACCUGUCAGAGAAGCAGAUGCAGGAGCUAAUCGAACUUCUGGACAAAGAGGAGAUUCUAGAAGUAGAGAGCAAGAUACAGAAGGCACUGGACAAGGCCGCAGCGGAGAAAGCGCAAAACACUGAAGCUUUGGAAGCCAGCAAGGGUCUAUUCGACUUAAUCCGAGAAGCGCAAAAGAAGCGGGAGAUGAAGAAAGCAGUGGAAAAGUUCAGCGACGAGCCGGCCAUCCCCAAGAGCGAAGACAUCGUUACCAAGGCAACCAAACCCGAGGAGAGCAGUAAACGGCCCGAGCGCCAAUGAGGACGACCUUUAGAGUAAUGGACUUUUAGAGUUAUGUAUAUACUGUGGCUCGGUGGCGCUUACGUCUUAUGCUAGUCGCGGAACCAGCAGACAUGACGAUCCCAAUACAUGUUGAAAAUAUAGGGAAUGCAGUACGUCUAAGUUAACUUUACACUGACUUGGAGAAUGAUCGAUCAUUAGAAACGUCUUUUUUAAAAAAAAUGCACACUUAUAAUGACAAUUACCACCUUCUGAGGUCAGAGGUGAGCUCCCUUUGCGCUAUAACAAGGGAUUCUUCAAGAAGCAAGUAUUUAGGGUUAUCAAAAGUCGACAACGCAUAAGUGGCUCCCCUGAUGUUGCUUAUGUUCCUGGGCGGCGAUGACUGCUUCCCAUCAGGCGGCUCGUCUGCUCGUUUGCUACCAUAAAAAAAAUCUAUGCUAGUGCAGAGUUAACUUGGUCCAACUUCAAAGUGACAAGCUUUGAGCCCAUAUGUAAAGUGUAAUGUAAUGUUUCCCUGAUGACAAUAAGCAUUUGUAUACAUGUAAUCGAUGACUGCAUGUAAAUAGUUGAUGCCUAUUCCGUUUCGCACCGUACAAAAUGAUCAUAUUUUUAUUUAUUUCCCGUUUCGUUAUUUAUGAAAUUCUAUUUUAUUGUUUAUGCAUUUCUGUGAUCGCUGUUGUAAGUUUUAUGUUGUGUAUAUUCUUUGGGUUACCGCUGCACAAAUUGUAUGUCUGUAUGUACUAGUUUUUUGAUUGGCACCGUCCUAUAUCAGAUAUUGGGAUUUACUUCAAGUAUAAAAUAUCUCACAAGUUGCAUUUAAAAUGUGACACAUUUGUGUAUAUAAAAGAAAGAGAGGAUUAAUAAUAUAUAAUUUCAAAAUAUCCAUAACCCUGUUGUAUCAUGUGAUUCUUGGCUGUCUAUAAUUUAAGAGAUCAGUAUCACGAACCUAUCUGCACUCUAAUGCAGAUAUUAUACUAAACAUUUCUAUAAUAUACCUUGUUCUGACAUAACUAUUGUCAGGUGUAACAAAUAUAGUGAUUUCAAUGUUGUAACUAUUUAGUUCAUUUAUGUACACAUUCGAUGUGCUGGAACACGAACUUACUUAUGUUAAAGUAAGAGAAUAAAGAGAUCAUUAAUUAAA